AUAGGCCAUAGCCACUUGGAGGAUUCGCUCCCUUGGCCGCUAUGGCAUUUGCCGGGAUGGAGACCAAGGAGGAUCCGGGCCGAUUGGAGGUGCCGAACGCUCGGCGAUUGGACCCUUUGGUCUUGCUGAAGAACUGCAUCAUCUCAGGCACCAAAGUGAAGUUUGACCUCGACAACCUCCACUUUGGAGACUACCGGGUGCAUCGGAACACUCGAUGCGCUUUCCGAGCCUCCCCCGACGAGCCCUUUAUGGACAUCGGCUCGAUUUGGUACAUGUACCACGAGAUCAGCCGGGAGGAGGGCUCCUAUACACCGCAGGGCGCCAAGCGCAGAGGCUUCCAGUAUCUCAACGUGUGUGACCGCUCGGACCUGCUCGCUUACCUGGAGGGUGUCAUUGACUCUUCUGAGAAGAUCGUCAGCGAGGUGGCGCGGGGCUUGAAGCGCCCGAAGACGGAGAGCUCCGGCGUCACGCCGGCGCCGCCCCGGAAGCGCCACGAGCUCACAGAGCGGUCCCCACAGCCGGAGGCCAAGCGCCGGCGCGAGGAGCGCUUCGACAUGUCAGCGGCGGAGUACAACCUGGAAGCGCGGCCGGUGAAGGACAUGGAUGGCAUGGUCAGGGGCGGCAAGGAGCUGCCUAGCAUUAGUGCCAUCCUCAAGAUCGCACAGGGCGAGUUGGAGAAGUGGUCGGAGGUGCUGGAGAUCCCGCGGGAGUCCAAGCCACAGCGGCGGGUGCGGCCCUUCAUGUGGGAGCUGGAGAAGCUGCUGGAGCAGAACAAGGAGGCGAAUCCCAUCAUCCUGGUGCCCAUGAACAAGAACGCGCCGGUGAACAUGUUGAACGUCUUUGAUCUGCUCCAGGAGGGCCGCUACCGCCGCCCAGAACAGCAGGGAGCCACCGGCUUCGGGUACUUUGAGGCCCUCCGCAAGGACCACGUGAAGCUGGUGCGGCACAUCGACGGCCGGCGCUGGACCUUCGAGGUGCGGGACAGCACCAAGGGAUUCAGCUCAAAGGACUGGCUUCGGGUGGUGGCAGUGAUCACCAACGGAGACGACUGGCAGUUCAAGGGAUGGCCCUUCAAGACGGUGGUGAGCAUGUUCAUGACCUUGAAGGGCUUCUACUUCCGGGAGCGGGAUCGCUUCGUGGAGCUGCCCGAGCACGUGAGCAGGUGGCCGGUGACCAUCUUGGACUUGGCCACCUUAGAGCUCCAGCACCGCUUCGCUGCUGUGCGGGACUCCUUCUGGAAGGAGGUGGAGCAUUUCAUGAAAUCCGCGCGGUCCAAAGAGUUCGACAGAGAAGCGCGGCUGGAAGUGGAGAGGACGGUGGUGCGAAUGAAGGCGCCGGUGCUCUGAAGUCGGGGACCCCCUUCACGUGGAUGCCAUUGCGUUGGA